UACGCAACGCGCACUCCGCCACCGGCAGAAUCGGGCAGAUAUAUAGUCCGGGACGACGAGGCUUUAUAAGCAGGGGAUGCGCACCAAAAGCCAACAGAUGGUCGCUGACUGUGCACGCGUGUGGUUAUCGGAGAUCAGCAAACAGCCGAACUAAACUGAACCCGAAACUCAAUGUAAUAAAAGUGCGUGGAAUAAGCGGAAUAAUCAAAAUGCGGCCGCACAUUUAUUCAGAAUUUUGAGGCCCAAAAAGUUGGAUCUCCGCGGAAUUCUGAAUUCAGAGAGCGAGGACAUUAGAAGAGAGCUGUGAUUACAGUCAGAAUUGAAAACUAAGUGCGCAACUGCUGCUGAAGCGGCCAUAAAGAAAAAGUCAUUCGUGUCACUUACAGCCGGAAAACAACAACCGAAGGCAGGAAGACAAUUCUACAUCCUGUUGGCAGAGGAGAUUGCCAGAACGAUGAUAAUCAGCAUGAACCAGACGGAGACCGGGCAGCUAUCCGCCGGAGAGCAUCUGAGUGGCUACGCCAGCAGCGGGAAUAGUGUGCGCUACCUGGACGACCGCCAUCCCCUCGACUAUCUGGACCUCGGAACGGUCCACGCCCUCAACACCUCGGCCAUGAACACCUCGGAUGCGGACGAAACUGGGAGCAGGCCACUCGAUCCGGUGCUAAUCGACCGGUUCCUGAGCAACAGGGCCGUGGACAGCCCUUGGUACCACAUGCUCAUCAGCAUGUACGGCGUGCUCAUCGUGUUCGGCGCCCUGGGCAACACCCUGGUGGUCAUCGCCGUCGUCCGGAAGCCCAUCAUGCGCACCGCCCGCAACCUCUUCAUCCUGAAUCUGGCCAUUUCGGAUUUACUUUUAUGCCUGGUCACCAUGCCCCUCACCCUGAUGGAGAUCCUUUCCAAAUACUGGCCAUACGGCUCCUGCUCCAUCCUGUGCAAAACGAUUGCCAUGCUGCAGGCUCUUUGCAUUUUCGUGUCGACAAUAUCCAUAACGGCCAUCGCCUUCGACCGAUAUCAGGUGAUCGUCUACCCCACGCGGAACAGUCUGCAGUUCGUAGGCGCGGUGGGGAUCCUGGUGGGGAUCUGGGCACUGGCCCUGCUGCUCGCCUCGCCGCUGUUCGUCUACAAGGAGCUGAUCAACACGGACACGCCGGCGCUGCUGCAGCAGAUCGGGCUGCAGGACACCAUUCCGUACUGCAUCGAGGACUGGCCGAGUCGGAACGGGCGCUUCUACUACUCGAUCUUCUCGCUGUGCGUGCAGUACUUGGUGCCCAUCCUGAUCGUCUCGGUGGCCUACUUCGGGAUCUACAACAAGCUGAAGAGCCGCAUCACCGUGGUGGCCGUGCAGGCGGCCUCCGCCCAGCGGAAGGUGGAGCGCGGGCGGCGGAUGAAGCGGACCAACUGCCUGCUGAUCAGCAUCGCGAUCAUCUUCGGCGUCUCGUGGCUGCCGCUGAACUUCUUCAACCUGUACGCGGACAUGGAGCGCUCGCCGGUCACCCAGAGCAUGCUGGUGCGCUACGCCAUCUGCCACAUGAUCGGCAUGAGCUCCGCCUGCUCGAAUCCGCUGCUCUACGGCUGGCUCAACGACAACUUCCGUAAAGAAUUUCACGAACUGCUCUGCCGUUGCUCAGAACCAACUAAUGUUGCUCUUAACGGUCACACAACAGGCUGCAACGUCCAGGCGGCGGCGCGCCGACGUCGCAAGCUGGGCGCCGAUCUCUCCAAGGGCGAGCUCAAGCUGCUGGGCCCGGGCGGCGCCCAGAGCGGCACCGUCGGCGGCGAGGGCGGUCUCGCGGCCACCGACUUCAUGACCGGCCACCAGGAGGGCGGACUGCGCAGCGCCAUCACAGAGUCGGUGGCACUUACGGAGCACCAGGUGCCCUCGGAGGUCACCAAGCUGAUGCCGCGUUUGGAACAGUACUAAAUUGGCAAUCAAUUCUGGAGCAGCGGGAGGCUGGAGCAGCGUUCUCAAGUGAAGCGACUUGCAAUACGCUCAUAGAAUUUACAGAAACACAUAUUGUCCAGUGAUCCAAAGCCAAGCUAAGUUACACCUAAGUUAAGACACACACAGAGAGUAUAAAUCUCGAACCCUGUAUUCUAUUCCCAAACGAGCAUCUCAUCGCAUUCAUCACUAAAGUAUAAGGUCCACUUCGUUUGAUCAAUUUCAUAUCGAAUGCCGGAAAGUAAUUGAUUGAGCCCCCAAUUGGAUUUCGGGUAUUUGAUAAGUCGAAUACGCCUUGGACUCGAUUAAGUUCCCUUCAAACAGUUCCUAAUAAGUAUUUUGUUGUACUACUCUUUUUGUUACUUACUUCUGAUAG